UUUGUUGUUUUUGUUGUUGUUGUUGCUGUUGCCGCUGCCAACCCAGCGCUGGCCCUCAAAGUGUUAAUUGGCAGGUGUUUGUCGAGCGGCCGCCUUGCUUGCUGAACUUCAGGGUAUAUCCAAGUCGGACACUCUUACUUGCUUCCGCUCUGCAUGAGGCACAUGAGACAGUUUCCAACGCUUGCCACAGCUCAAGAGCUGUUUUAUGCUGUCUGCUCGGAGAGCCUGGAACAUAGUUGAAAGAAAUAAAAAGUAAACAAAUUAGACAAUUGAUUGCCGGCGCUGGCAAGUGCUCUUGGACAGUCAAAUGAAACAAUCAUAAGACAUUCAAUUGAUAUCAAUAAAGCGCGCACGUCACGCAGCCCAAACAAAUCGAAAUUCCUAAUCGAAUUUCCCAUCAAAACUCAUACGAAAUGCGCGCCGUCUACGAUCUGUUGCUGAGCAACGCCUUCGAUCCCAGCAUGGUGCUACAGAACCACAAUACCGUGGUGGCUCGCUCCACUUUGACGCCGAACAGCAGCAGCCAGAACUUUGGCGCGCACUCGUCACAUGGCGGACAGGCGACGGGCGGCAGCGGCGGACGCAGUCCUCUGAAUGCUGGGCCAGGCAAUCAGCGUCCCAUUGUGGAUCUGCUGGUGGCUAUGGUGGCUGUGCCGGUGCUAAUACUGUGCGCCCUGCAGCUGGAGAAGAAUCUGCACGACAUGCACAACAGCCCCGAGUCGCGGUGGCUGGUCUUUGCCCUUGGCAUCGGGAUGCUGGUCAUCAGUGUGAUCAUCUGCGGCUAUGUGACACAUCGCAUGGGCGUCUGCAUUUGGGCCGGGCCCAUCGACGAGGCGGGCAAUCGUCCCGGCAACGGUGCACUGCAUCACAUCAACUCCCAGAAUGAUGUGCUACGCAUUGUGGAUUCGCUGCCGCCGAGCUAUGAGAGCGUGGUGAAAUGCGAGCUGCCGCCGCCCCCCUACGACUGCGUUGUGAUCGACGUGGAGCAGCGCAAGGAUAUGCAGCCGCAGACAUCCACCAAGGAUGCGCGCGCCUCUCAGGCGGCCGGCUCCAAUUCCAAUUCCAUUUCCGUACCCGUUUCCGUUGCCAUGCCAGGCGCCACGCUGCACAUCUGAAUGGGAUGGGAGCCGAGGGAGGAGAGAGAAACAAAGAGAUUUUUCGCUUGUGGCAUUGAAUUGGACCAGCAAUGGGACUUGUACUUCACCUACUGCAUUGGCGCCAUCUAUCGGCGGCCUCUGGCUAUUGGCUAAUCAUAUGGCGUUGUAUUUACUACAGUUUAAGAUCUUAGAGUAUUGUUAUCUAUAUCGACCUAUAUCUGUGUAUGUAACCAUCUAGAGAAAGUUUUUUUUUUUUGUCUUUAAUUUGUUUGGUCUGUGCAGCAGUGUAAAUAUUCCUAAACAGCAUCUAGUCCAAAGUUGUACAUAAUAUACAAAAGAAGAAGCAGCAAUCGUAUCAGCUAGUUCCAUAGAGAAAUGCGCAGAAUACGUUUUGUAUUUAUUAGUUGUUUAAAUGCCAAGAUUGUAAAACGUAACCGAGUGGGGACUGGGACUGGCAGUGGGAGUGGGAGAGGGAGGGCUGCACUGGGCUGGCGAGUGCCACGUAACACAGCAGUUACCGCAUAGUCUUUAGUCUAUAUUACACACACACACACA